AUGGAGCAAAGUUUAAAAAAUAAUCAUGUACAAGCAUGUGAUGGCGAAAGAAUCACAUUACAUUGUCCUCGCAAUACUUAUAUUAUAGUUGAAAAUACGUUCUAUGGAAGGCUCGUGCCAAGUUCCGAAUUAUGUGCGCCACCGAAAGGCUCGAAAUUCGAACAAAAUGAUGAUACGAGUUGCGAUGUUGUUGAUGCAUAUUCGGUAAUUCAUAAAUUUUAG